AUGGACGAUAAAGGGCCAAUGAUGCUUACCGUAUGCUGGGUAUUCACAGCACUCGCCCUUCUCUUCGUCAGCGCUCGUCUCUACGUCCGAGCCGUGGUGCACGACAAGCUCGGCUUCGAUGACUACGUUAUUCUCUUCUCGUGUUUCUGUGCAGUUCUCUCCAACAUCUUCGUAACGAUAUCCGUCUCCUGGGGCAACGGCCGACACUUUGCCGAUCUCGACCUCGAGCAAAAGGAAAACACCAUCAAGUUCAUGAUGGCCGCCUACGUCCCCGGAAUUGAAACACUCGGCUUCCCCAAGCUCGCCGUCAUCGCCCUCCUGGUCCGACUGCUCAUGCCCAGCCGGCUGCAUACUAUAGUCUUGUGGUCCAUGGGUACCAUCUGCUGUCUGUCACUCACGGCCAUGGUUAUGACCUUGCUCUUGCAGUGCACGCCGACCCAGGCGCUGUGGACUCUUACCAUGCCUCAUAACUGUCUCGCCCCGGACGUGUUGGAGGGGUUGGCUUAUUGGGCUAGCACAUGCUCGGCGUUUUUAGACUUUUACCUGGCCAUAUACCCAGCUACUGUCUUGUGGAAGUUACAAAUGCACACCAAAAAGAAGCUAGCUCUGUGCUGUGCUCUCGGUAUGGGUCUCAUAUCGGGUGCUCCUGCAUCCCCCUCCUCCAACCCCUGGUCGAAAAAGCCAAAGGCCGCAGCAUCUGGCGAUCCCGGGGCUACAAGACCGACUCCAACAAUGACGACAACGAGCACUAUGCCGAAGGCACAGGAAAUCCUGGUUUGA